GCCGCUCUCUCGCAGCAUACUCGCUGCCAACGCUUUCCAGUGUGCGGACGUGCGUGCGCUUUGCUCUCGAGUGUGUGGCGUUUUGGUACGGUGGUACUCGGAAAAGCAAACGGGCGAGACAUACACCUCGUUUAGGACGAAACGUUUUUCCAGCAGUUUUCAGCUCGCGCGCCUCCAUCCAAAGUUUGCGGGGCGAGCGGUAGACAACGCGAACGUGCCGCAAAUUGUGUGUGUGUGUGUGUGUGUUGACAAAAGGUGUGCUAAACAUUCUUGUGAACUGGAGCGCUUUGCAGCUCUCCUGGGGAAAAGUGCGCGACAGUAGUAGACACCGAAAAACUCAACACAUUCCUUCAGUGCCCGACCAACCCGUGCAGGACCAGUAGAACCAGGCGGGGUUGUGGAGUUGUCUCCCGCCCUUUGCACAGAACAAGAAACGGUGUUCAUGUUACAUCGUGCCUAGCCGAGGGAAGGUGCAAGAAAGAAAAGAAAAAAACCACCCCACCACAACACACCGUAAAGCGCAAGCCAAUCGGGGAAGUGUGGGCGCGCGCGAGAGAGUGCAGUUUCCGAUUGCAGAUUUCCUCGUUUGGCAAACACGAAUAAGCGGAAAUACUGGCAACAAAUGUAAAGCCAUUCCAUUGUGCUAUUAGCUCGGUCUGUCUGUGUGUGUGUGUGUGUUUGUGGCCGUCGCGUUGGUGUUGAAUUUAGAGAUGUCUUCUUUGCACUUCCACCGGCAGUUCCCGUAAGGCAUCCAGCAAACCCCCUUUUCGUUCACAUGACAUCACCAAUGCCGUCAACGGAAGCUAUGGAGUGCUGACCGUCGCCUACUGCACAGCCCCACAUACACACCUAGAGCCCUGCCUGGAUGGUGCAAGCUCCACGGCAAGUGUAUUGUGUUGUAAGCAGCGCGCGAAGAACCACCGUCACCAAAGCAAGGUGAAGAAACCGCCGUGAUAAUCGCCCCGUAGUCCCCGGGGCGCUGUUGUGUUGUCAAAAUAGUAUUCCGGUGUGCCCGUGUGCUUGUGUGCUUGUGUGUGUGUAUGUGGUUUGUGCCGGAAUUUAGCGGGCAUUUCGCGCGACGCAUAAUGAUAAGAGGCACGCGUGAGGGUGAGCAUUGUACUGGUGCUUCCUCAACAUUUAUCUCGUUCGCCUUUGUGCGGCGGCGGUAGUAUUCUCCUCCUACUCCUGGACUGUGCAUCAUGAUCUUCCCAUCCUGCAGUGUUUCGUAGUGCUCUCGUAGUGUGAAGUGUGUGUGUGUGGUCCUGUUCCUGUGUGUGUGUGGUGUGUACCGCAUCCUUCGUAGUGGUGUAGUGUAAUAGAAAAGCGAGCGCGCCUCUAGGGCCCUCUAGGAUAGAGAGAAUUCAAUAUCGAUUGCUGGCCUGUUCAUGGGCACAAGUGGUCUGCCCACCCUGUACCGCCGUUAGGUGCAGUUUGCAGUGGUUUGGAAGAGGUUGUGAUAUUGCCAUUUGGAAAAGUGGGCCGGUUUUUUGUGUGUUCAUUGGUUCGGUUUCGAUUUCGUUCGUGUGUUAGCUGGUCCUCCAGCGGUGGGGCUACAGACUUCUGGAAAUAUUUGUGUGACAAUAUUUUAUACUGAGGAUCUUCACCACCCACCAUGGCGGGCCUAUCCGACGAUCCCGAGAAGCUGCUGAACGAGUGGCUAGGCGAGCUGGAGAAUCUGAUCGGGAGUUUUGAUAUCAGCGGCACACCGGGAACCACCGUCAACCCAGCAGCAGCGACAGUAACAGCGGCAGCUCGUCUGCGACCGAAAAGUAACACAUCUGCCGAACGGACCGAUUCGUACCGCUUCUCGAUGGCGAACCUGGAGGAGACGCAGGAGGCUGAGCUGGAUGCCAUCCUGGGCGAGCUGAGCAUACUGGAGGAGCGGGGCGAUCUGCGGCACGGUCGCAGCCACAGUCGCACCAACUCCACGAUAUCGGCCGCCACCAAUACGACGCUGUCGUCCGAGAGCGGCUGCAGCAGUGUCGCGGCCGAUACGGUCUGCAGCGGAGGCAGCAUUGCCAGCGGUAUGGGUGGAGGCGUCGGCGGUGGCAGCAUCAGCCUGCACCGGGAACCGCGCACCGACAGUCCGGAUAAUGAUUCCGCCUUCAGCGACACGGUGUCGCUGAUGUCGAGCGAAUCGUCCGCCUCCAGCAGUGUAAGCCACUCGCAUUUGAAGCACCUACAGGCAGCGGCGGUGGCGGCGGCGUCGGGUGGUAUGGUUGCCAACAGUGUACCCACAGCAUUAUCGGGACAAACGAUCGGCAACAACAACAACAACCAGCCAGAUGGUGGCAAGCAGGCCAAAAUUCACCUCGCCCUACAAAAGCUAGAGCAGGCGUCGGUAAGGCGACUGUUCGUGAAGGCGUUCACCGCCGACGGUGCAUCCAAGUCACUGCUGGUGGACGAAACGAUGAGCUGCGGGCACGUGACGCGCCUGCUGGCCGACAAAAACCACGUGCAGAUGGAACCGACCUGGGCCAUCGUGGAGCAUCUGCCCGAGCACCAGAUGGAGCGGCUGUUCGAGGACCACGAGAUGCUGGUCGACAACCUGAUGCUGUGGAAUCGCGACUCGAAGAAUCGUGUCCUGUUCCUGCAGCGGCCGGACAAGGUGGCCCUGUUCAAGACGCCGGAAGCGUUCCUGCCCGGCACCCAGAUGGCGCCCGGAAGCGAACACGACGAGCAUACGAGGACCAUGCUGCUGGAUGAGUUUUUCAACAGCGGGAGCCAAAUUGCCCUCGAGGGGCCCCUGUACAUGAAGAACGACGCCAAGAAGGGCUGGAAAAAGUAUCACUUCGUGCUGCGCGCGUCCGGGCUGCACUACUAUCCGAAGGAAAAGACACGCUCGGCCAAAGAUCUGCUCUGUCUGGCACUGUUUGCCGGGCACGAGGUGUACCGGGGGCUGGGCUGGAAGAAGAAGCACAAAGCGCCGUCGGACUACACAUUCGCGCUGCGCUGCCCGAAGCUGCCGGCCGGUGUGAAGGGCAUACGGUCGGUGAAGAUGCUGUGCGCGGAAGAUGCGUCGACGAUGGAAAACUGGAUCACUGCCAUACGCGUGAUGAAGUAUGGCAAGAAGCUGCUCGACAACCACCGGACGCUGCUGGACGAUUUGGCCCGGGACGAGCUGGACAAGCUCAGCUCGGCCAGAAGCAGCUCCAUCGGAAGCAUCGUCUCGUCCGUGCCCUCGCAGUGCAGCACGGGCAGCAGCAACAGCAGCGGCAGUGGCAGCAACCAUCUACUAGUUCCUCUCAGCGCCACCAACGGCAGCAACGCCAACAACUGCACUGCCAACGGUAACGGGCGGCUCUCGCGAGCGUCCUCCUCCAGCUCGAGCGGCUGCCUGUCGGACGAGAACAACGGGUUCGAUUCCGAGUUCCCGACUGGCACGAUCAAGCGCAAACCCUCGAUGAAACCAAAUCUGCCCCUCACCUCGAUGACGCGCCAGCUGAAGGAGGUCGGCGAGACGACGCGGCUGAAAGAUUCGCCCAGCUCGGUGGGCUCGGGCUCGAUCGGCGAGGGCGGCACGCUGACCCGGCGCCACAGUCGGCGAAGAAGCGAGGAGAGCACGGGCAGCGGUACGCUUAAGCGCCGCCCCAUGCCGACGCAAAACCGCGGCUCAAUCGAAAGCAUGAGCUCGUCCGCCUCAACGCCAACGCCGGUCGGCAGUGUGCUGAACACGCCGGUCAACUUUGAACCGCCGCCGGUGACAAUCCUGAGCCCCUCGGGGGGCCACCCCACAAUCGUAACGCCGAACGGGGGCAAUGGUGGUGGUAACGUCCCCGGCGCGACGACGACGAUCAUUGAACCGGUACCGUCCUGCAUGACUGACUCGACGUUUUCGCUGCCGCCACCGCCGCCCCCGCCCGCCGCGGACGACCCGAUGGGAGCGAACUUUUCCGGCUCUACCCUGUCGCUCGAUUCGCUGCCACCACCGCCACCCCCGAACGAGCUCGACAACUCAUUCAGUGGAUCUCAACUGUCGCUCGCGUCCGUGCAAUUGCCGCCGCCUCCACCACCGUCCGCGGCCGUUGGUGGUACAACAGCGGCACCAGCAGCCUCCCCCUCCAUGCCAACCGCAGUGCAGUCUUCCCCGGUCGCCAGGGCUGACAGCCAGCAGGAAAAGCGGCCGGCAGCGAAUGUGAUGCCCUCCGUCGCACAGUCCAUUAUGAAGCUGAACAGCCACACGCUACCAAACCCGGCACCGGCCGCCGCCAUCCUGAAGAAGGAACCGAUCUACUCGAAGACGCUGAAACCAUCCGCCCUGAAGGCACCGCCGUACAAGGCCCCGCCACCGUACAACGGGGGCGAGGGUGGGUCAGCUUCGGGCGCCGAGGUGGCGACACCGCCGCCAGCCCCCGCGAAGAGCGUCUCCUUUGCCGAAUCGCCCGUGCUGCUGCGGCGCAAGGUGUGCUUCGAGGACGAGGUAGUAAUGCAGGAAGUGCCACCGUCGCCGAGGCGCAUCUGCGCCUCGUACAGUGUCGGUCCGCCCGCUCCGCCGCCCCGUGCGGAGGCGACGCGCCUCUCCACCACGUACACGUCGCCGAAGCGGCUGAGCGAAUCGAGCGCCAAUCCGCCGCGCGACUUCCUGAAAGAUCUCCAGCGCGUGAUGAACAAGAAGUGGCAGGUGGCGCAAAAGUGCAAGCUCGAACCGGCCACGACCCCGCACGAGGUGCUUGGGUUCCGCGACAUCCACGGCGGUGGCGGUGGCAGUGAGCUGUACUCGUCCGCCACGCCCUACUACCGCGAGACGGCCAACGUGAGCAACUGGGUGCAGGAGCACUACGGUGCGGCACCGGACGGGCUGUACGAGAACCUGGGCAGCAACAUGGGCAUGGAACCGAACUACCCGAUCGUGGCAGCGAACGUGUCGGCAGUACCAGCGCACCCGCACCUUCCCCCGACCGCUGGUGGACCCAUGUUGCAGGGAGGCGGUGGUGGUGGUAGCAUAAAGAAGCGGCCACCUCCACCACCACCAAAGCGCAGCGAAAAAACGCAGCUGACCACCACCGCUGGACAGCCGGGGCCUGCCCUGUCGCAACAGCCCCUGCCAGCUCAUCUUCAUCACCAUCAACAGCUGCUCGCCCAUCAAUACCUGCAGCAGCAGCAGCAGCAGCACCAACAGCAGCAGCAACAUCAGCCGCCCCAUCAGCAACGGGUCUGAACCCUGCUGUGCCUGUAUUGGCCACAAUGCAGGAAGGAAGAUACCACUACUACAACUAAUACCACCACUACUACUACUACCACUACUACUGCUACUACUACUACUACUACUAAAACGGAUACGUACUAGCUUCGGGUGUGAUAGAUGACGGCAGGCGCGCGCCUAAGAUGUGCGGAUGGUGACGUAAGACUGGCCCCCAAUCCUGUGUGUGAUUGCCAAGGCAUCGAACACGCGGGUGGUUGCGAAAUCCGUGCGAACUGAAAGUCUGCUUUAGGGAAAAGAAAUGGAAGUUUUCUUUCGCUUUUCUGUUUAGUCUAUCACUAACUACAAGCCACUAAGAUUAGCAAGAUCUGCAUGACGUGUAGUGCACGGCAGGUGCAGCGAAUCGGGCAACUCGGAGAAAGGAAGCUCGUAAUCGAUCAAUCAUUAUUGUGAUUAGCAGUAGCAAAGGCAACGUUUGUCACUGAAGCGAAGCGAAUGAAAGUGUCGUAUAAGGAUAAUUUAUUGAAAUUUUUUAAACAGUUUUGCCCACUCCAAUUAGCGAGCGACGUGGAACGGGAAUAACUUUAACUACGAUCUGCGCCAGAACGAUCGAACAGAAUCGAAUGCUUAUAUGUGUAAAAUAGUUCAUUAUAUUUGCGGACACUAGUGUGUUUUAAGAAUCUUGAUCCGGAAACGGGGGAAAGAGAUAACCGUGGGCACUUGUUUCCGGAUUUGUGUACAGUUUAUUGCACCGAGAGGGAGGGACUACUAGGGAUGGCGGGAGCGAGAAUUAAUUUAGAAACGGAUCACGAAUGAAACGAGCGAGUUUUUCGAUGAUUGUUGUUGUUAAGCGAUAUAAAAUAUCCGGCUCCUGCAGAACCAAUAAUACGCGAAUUGGGAGGAAGAUCGAGUCGAGGAUCACCUUCUUGAGGGUCAUGGGGUGAGGGUUGUUGUUAGACUGAGCGAGUGAGAGAGCAGAAGUUGGUGGAUGCGUCUAGCUAGGCAUCCUAAACUAAAGGGCACUGAAGCCACGUUGGAACGCAAAAGAUGUAAAAAACGGAGCAUGUUCUAACUAUAAACCAAAUCUGUGGGAAGAACCUAACAGUCCCGUAUGUGCCGUCGGUAGAGAGGAUCCAGAGGCGUAACGUUCUGUACAGUUUUUUUUUACCGGUUUGCUUAUAGCGGCGGAGCGAGCAGAAAGGCAGACAAGAAUUUAGGGAUCAAAACCCGCGAUGCGAUCGGAUGAGGUUUUGCGUGUGCGAACGAUGUAAUAACAGCAAGUGCCAUGGGCUAAGUGUAGUUUUUUUGUGCUAAGGAAGACGCAUACUAAUAUUACCACUAGUGUCGUAAUAAACCUUCGUAGAAACCCUUCGUAUUUCAUGUACGCCAACUAUACAAACUACUACUCUGUGCUUUUUCGUCGUUUUUCUUUGAUUGUUUGUUUGUUUCGGAUGGUGUAGAGGCGUGCUCUUGCGCGCUCGUCCGCUAGGGUAGUGUUAGAUGUUAUGUUACGACGAACGCAAACGAACCAAUGCUUUUUGCUUAAAAAAAAAACCCCGUUGUUUCUCCUGUGCCGGUUGUAAACGUUAGAUUGUCAACAGACAACCGUGUGUAGUAGAGGUAGAGAUCGCUUUGAAUUGAUCGGCUUUUAUUUAAUCGUGUUUUUCGUCAUUGAAUGGUGUUACUAUUAAGCGUUUCCGGAAGCAGCAGAUGAUGCAGAAGCGGUGAACGGUGUCCCACGUGUUAGGACACGACUUUUGGGAACUAAGGCAUCGAUUUAUGACAAUUUUACUGACAAGAGCACGUCCGCAAAAUACGCAUUGCGAAAUGAAUCAUUAGUACGAUAAGAAACUAUAAAGCAUAAUAAAAGCACAGAAAAAAAACACACACACAUACAAAACGAAACGGCAGCAUAAACGGACUACGAAUUAUUAAUUGCGAACACCAUCACAGUUUUGUGCGGGAGGCGCGUACAAUAAUUUUACAAACGGUGAAUUUUACCCGCUGAUGACGGAUAUUGGGCGAAGAAGGUUGGGCGCACCCCUUGUGGGGAGUGAUUUUGAUGGCGCGGAGAAACAGGAAUCCGCCCCAGGAGAGUGAGUGUUUUUUUGCAAGGGGGGUAGGGGCCGGUUCUGGAGGUACGAUCGUUUGUUUCUUUUUUCGAUAACACAUUUUACACUGUCCCACACUUAUAUAUUGGACGAUAAAAUAUGGAUACAGUAGCAACAACAUUAAAUCGUUUAGCAAAGGUAACAUUUGCGAACGGGCGGGCGGGCGGGCGGGCGACAGAGUAAUAUAUUAUUAGGAACAAAAUAAUAAUAAAAAAAACACUGGUGCUUUCAAAAUUACCGUAAAUUGUAGUGAUCGGGAAAGACAGAAAGAAGGGAAGGGCUGUUCCUUCCGUGCACGUAUUUAUGGCUUGUUUGGUAUCGAUCGGAAGGCAAACAAAUUCCGAAGGAAUAGUUUAAGUUCGCGUAACUAUCACACAAACAAUAAUAAUAAACGAUUUGCCAAAUACAAUAACUAUCCUCAGACGAUCACACUCUCCCUGUAGUAAGAUCACACAUUUGCACACGCAAAUGCACGAAUCAAAUAACAUAACGAUACUUCCGUCUUCGCGUUUAGCUAUCGAAAUCAAUCAUCUCUAAUCAGACCUUCUGGGUAAUGUCAAAUAGUAGUCGGGUUUGGAGAUCAUAAAAUAGAACUAACUAACUACACACCACCCUUAGCCACAAGCUGCUUUUGAUCAACGCUUCUUUUUGUGAGAUUGUCGACGGACCACGCUUUUGUGGGACGAGUUACACACUUUGUAUACAAGACUAACCUAUAAAUAUUCUAAAACAGCUUAACACAAACCGUCAACAAACGAGUUGGGAGCAGUGGAGGAGUCGAUCUUACAAUAAUACUAUUAGCGAAUCAAACAUCCAUUUUCCCGAUCUGCUUUCAUUGGUGCCGUUCGUUGGGAGAUUUUAUGAGAAAGCAGAGAGCAGAGUGUCUGGUGUUAGCUUGCUCUAGUGAAACGCUGUU